AUGAAGGCGUCGAACAAGAAAAACACGGAAUUCCAGGGCGGGUGCCUGCAGGGGUGCUGCCCCUAUCGGCGUACAGUGGGGGUGGGUCUAGGCUCUGUAGACGCUGCGGUGCAGUGUAUUUUGUCGCGUUGCACGGAGUGGCCAGGUAAAGCUGCCAGAGCAUCCCAAGCUUCUGCUCUUAUUAGGGUCUUUGGUCAAAGCAUGGAAUCUAGAUCCGGCAUUGCAAAAUGCUAUCUGAUCGGAGAUUCCAUUGCCAAAUUGUGUCGGCGCCCCCAUUGUCCCGAAUCACCAACGUCAGUGCAGUUCCGGGACGACGGUUUGCGCCCCAAGCAGCCUGCCGCCAGCAGCCCUGGAGCUGAGAUUGCAGCGCAGGCUUGUCAGUGUCACUUUGCCCUUCCAAGAUUGGAAAUCGACGAACUCGGCCCUACAAAGCACGACGCUCCCUUUGCAAGGAUAUCUCGUGCCUACAGCAGCAUCCUCCACCGGCAUGCCGACUUUGUGCCUGGCUCGCCCGGCGUCCGGCACUCCGGCCGCUGGACCACGGCAUGGCACCUAAUGCAGGGGCGUGCCGCUCGAACCCGCCCAAGAUCCGCCAUUGCGAUCCGGCUCCAACUCCGCGACCGGUACGGUUCGGAAGGCCCAUCGAAGAUCCAACCCCGGCCCGGUUCCCUUGCAGGGCUACGUCAUCGACACACACGUUCACGGCGACUCGAUCAUCACGUGACAUGGGAACUCACCAGUGCAACUCUGCGUUUUGAACCCUGCAGACGAGACGAGACGGCUCUUACGACUGCAGUGAGUUGCACAAGCCGCGCCAGGGCCUUCCCCAAGCGCAGAGAUCCCCGGGAAGGGGCUGUCUUGGGGUUGUCUUGCGUAGAUGGAUCAGAGACCGUGGCUGAUGAAUGCCGUCGUCAGGGAGCAUGGUGUUUUCUAUGCUUUACCAUGCUUGCCAUGUCCCAGACGGCUUCUCGAAAGCCAGAGUUUACCUUGGCGGGCUCGCGUGGGGCACCGCCAGCUCCCGGGAUGGACAAGCUGAAAAUGAUGCCAUCAUACGGCAGUCAUGGCGUCUGCCCACAUUGGCGCACACGGCAUUGCUUGCACCACAGCGUCCCGCGAACGUUUCCGCGCCCGCUUAUUAGCACACACGGCGCCAGCGGAGAUGGCGUCUGGCACAAGCACCGGACGGAUACCAAGGUAGUAGCCGGCGACGGCGCGGCCGAAACCUUUGGCUACGGCGGGCCGGGCCCUGAUGAGCGUCACUUGCAGGACGGAUAUUGGUCAAUUAGAGACUCCUCCCUGGGAGACGGUCGCCCGCCAGCGAGGCGCUGCCCUCGGCGCCGCCCUCCUCCGUCAGCGAUCUUCCCUCACCCUCGAGGGGGGCUGUGCUGGCGUACGCGUACCAACGCCGCAGGAGCCCGGGCGACGGCGCGCUCGACGGCGCAGGGCAACGGGAAAUGA